CGCCACAGCAAGUGCCAAAGUGCGUAGAUAAAAAUACCAUAUUUGUUAUUUUGACUGCAAGCCUUCGCUUUUUUCCGGCAAUGAUAAAUAUGCGACCAUAUGUGCCCUCAAAUCGUAUCGCCAUACGCGAUUCCAUUGAUGAAGACAUUAGCGAUGAUGUGGACGAUGAGGUAUUCAUCAAAGAUUCCAAAACAUCUAAGAUGAGCGAAGAAAAGGGUUUGAAACGCCCUCUGAUGGCACCGCGCCGCAAAAACGGCAAAACACACUCAUCCUCGCCCAUCAUGAAAAAACAUCGACGCUGUUGUUGGCGUUGUUGUGAACCCUUUUGUUAUGGUCUAGCUGCCUUAACCAUUGUCAUAGCCUUAAUCAGCCUGAUUGCCCUCAUCCUAACCAUGGUUCCAGUCUCAAUGCAAAAACUCAAAGGUUGGCUUCAUCAUCAACGGGUGCCCGCCUUACCGAUGGGCCUACACGAUGACGGUCAACGUUCAUACGGUGACAGUAUGGGCAGUGAAUUUGUUCCUUGUACCCAGAUAAGUGUCCAGAAAUUAUGGUCACGUACAUUUCCGCGCAUGAACAGUGAAAGUCCGGUACGUAAGGCAGAUCUAAAUGGUGACGGUGUUAUGGAUAUAGUUUUUGGAUUUGGUGUCGAUGAUAAUAUCCAAUAUGAAGGAUAUCCGCUGCCGAAAUGUAAAAGUCCCAUACAGGGAGAUGAAGUGCCUUGUGAGGGUGGUGUUAUAGCUGUGAGUGGGGUGAAUGGUGAUCUGCUGUGGCAAACAUGGAGUGUGGCGAAUGUUUUCUCGCUGUUGUGUACAUCGGAUAUAAAUCGGGAUGGUUAUAUAGAUUGUGUGGCGGCCGGACGAUUGGGGAUGAUAUUCGCCAUAAACGGACGCAAUGGCAACAAUAUUUGGGAAUUUCGAGAAAUAGAAGUGGAGACAAAUUCCCCCAUCGUGAUGGAUCUCUAUACCAUAAAUAUUGUACGCGAUCUCGAUGGGGAUGAAGUUCAAGAAAUAAUAGCUGUACAUUUGGAAGAACGAGAAGAAUCGAAAGCGGGACACAUUAAGGUAAUUUCGGGUAAAACAGGAAAAGUUAUACGCACCAUACCGACACCCUACAAAGAAGAAGUUUUCGUACCGAUACAAGUUAUUACCCAAGAAGAUGGUACCGAAUUAUUACUCAUCAUUACCGGUGGACAAUCAACACCUGGAGGGGUUUAUACCAUUCGAAUGAUGUCUUUGAUGAAAUUUACAAGUGAAAAAGAUUUCACGGCCAUCUAUCGUCAUAAACAUUCCGGUUUAAUGGUUCCGUCGGUACUGACGGACAUCACAGGUGACAAAAUUGCCGAUAUUGUUGUGUCAUCUUUUAAUUCCACAGUAAUGGCAUUUGAUGGUCGCAAUUUCUCGAUGUUGUGGAAUUUCACAUUCCAUUCAAGUGAAAGUGUUAGUACCAUAGUACCGGGUCAUUUUAAUCAUGAUGACGUACCCGACUUUAUGGUAAAAUAUAAUACUGGACCAGGAUUUCCAGUGUAUUAUUAUUCUCAGACAACAAUAUUGGAUGGUAGAACAGGUAAACCGCUACUGGAUGCUAUGAUGACAGAUUCAGGUGGUUCGAAUAGUCUAUUGGGUGGUGUUUCGAUAUCACAAACAUUUGGCGGUGACUUCUUUUUACAUUGGCAAAUGCAGUGUCGCGAUAAAAUGGAUGCCAAGGAUGCAUAUGAAUUUGUACCAGAUAGCGAUAUAAUUCUCCAGGCCAGAGCUGAUACAUGCCGCUUGAGAUACAACACCUCAAGUGUGGUGAAAUUAUAUGCCAUUGCCCGUCAUUUGAAGCCACCAGGAGCGGUACUAUUUAGUACAGAUGACCUUGAAGUCCACUUGAAUCGUACACAGCCCAGCACCCUGUCAAAUCCUCCACAAAAGACCGCCAAAUCUCCACUAAAACAUCCAAAACUAUUGAAAAAAUUGUUGGCCAAUAAGGAACUAUUGGAACGUGUAGUGGCUGCUGAAAAUCUCGAACAUUUGGAAAAAUCGAAAAGUCAAUUCCGCCAAGAAACCGCGCGAGAACGCUUGGUAACCCCCGAAUUAAUACAAGAAGCUUUAGAGAAAAAUGAAAUGCCCGCGGUAGAUGCCUAUGAUGCACUGAAGCAGCAAUUGAAUGUGCCAUAUUAUGGUGUUGGUGGUGGAGCUUUUGGCGGUAAUCGGGAACCGAUAAGGGAAUUUCAAAAAGACUACGAACUCGAACAACCCCAAAGAGCACCUGCUGACUAUGAAAACGCCUAUCCUGAUCCAGAAAUACCCGAACUUGUACCACCGAAUGAUCAUCCGAUACGUUUACGUACAAAAUAUCCCGGAAAUCGUGAUAUACGCAGCGAUGUUCCCACAUUCGAUGAUGCAGAUGCCAAUGCGACAUCAAGUCUUCCGGCGGGUGGUGUACCCUCCAACAAACUGGACCGUGACGAACCACUGAGUCUUUGGGAUUUAGAGCGUGAAAAAGAAGAACGAGAUGCAAUGAAGAAACAACAAAACUACGAUAUCGGAACAAAUCAAAUUGAUGAGCAACAGGAUGGGGAACAGCAAGGACAAUUUGAUGGCUUAAAUAUUGAAAAGAAGCGUAGACGUCGCCGCCUUCGUCAUCUUCAUAGAAGGCAAAGCGGAGAUGAAUCGAGUACAGAAUCUGGAAAUGGUGGUGAUCGCAUGGAAAAUGAUGAAUGGUUUUUGGCAUCGAUAUCAUCGACGGGAGUCCUUAUGAAAUCGUUGAAUAAUACAAGAUCAUCAAUCGAUUUUGCAUUUGUCCUCAAUAUUCGAGAAUCAGAAGCAUUUCCACCGUUGUUCCUGCCACAGGAUUUGAAUUGUAUUGAGGAGAAAAUAAGCGCCUAUAAAAGUUACACCAUGGACAAUCAACGUGCUUUGCGUCGGCAAUUUCUCAAGCAAUGCCUCAACGAGCGAAUGGUCAAUAUUAAUCCCGAAAUGCCCAAAUACGAAUCGCAAUUGGUAAUUACGCGGCUAAGCAUUACCUGCACCUGUCGUUCAUUGCAACCGGGUGAAGUGUGUUCCGAAUUGGAUGAUAUCGAUACACAGCGAUGGACUGAAUUUAUGGGUAAUGAUGGCAAUGGAUUUUACAGAAAUUAAA